AACUUCAUGUUGUUGAUUCUUUGUUUUCCAAUUUUCCUGCAAUUCUAUUUACAUUUUAUUAGUUUCAAUCUAAACAAGUAGAUAAAUAUAUAUUACAUUCAACUCAAGUGUUCACGUAGUUAUCGCUUAUUCGAAAAGUCUAGAUAUUUGUUACAUUUAGUAGUAAUAUUUAUAUACAAUGGAAAAAGAACUAGAUAAAGUUAUAGAAGAGAUAAUGUUGGCACCAGACGUAAAUGGCUGCCUGGUGGCAGACCACCAGGGCCUGUGUUUGGCUUCAAAAGGAACUGCGCACGUGGACUCCGCUGGAAUAAUUGUGGCUAUAUCCGAGCAGGCCUGUAAAAUACAACCAAACCUUAAACCACCCACCGUAUGCCUGGAGACAGAUAAGAAACAGUGCCUUAUUCAGCGACACGGCACAAUUACCGGAGCUAUCUACAAACAGAAGGCUUAAUUACGCAUAUAUGCACCACUAAGACUGAUGUUAAGAGAAAAGAAAUAAUUCACUUUUUACAGACAUUGUGUAUUGUUUGUGAUCUGUACAUAAUCUAAGUUAAAUUUUACUACAUCUAUCAUAUGCAGGCCAGUUGACACAUUAGGCAGCACUACUUAUGACUCCUUCAUUGUUAUGGGCCCUAUGCAAGUAAAAGGAGAAAUGGAAUUUUAAAUUAUUUCAUUUGAAAAAUUUAUUAGUAAAUUUAUAUUCUCAAAGAAAAUAUGUAUUGUAUUAUUGCUUUUUUCAAUGCAUGCUGUCUGUUAUUUAAAUACUCAUAACAUAACCUGAACUAUCCCUCUGAUCUAUCCCCCAUCCAAUUCAGAGGGAUUAAAAUUACGACAGCCUGAGUCAAGAUUUGAAUCCUCAACGGUGACUAAAGUUGUAUCUCUUCAUGCACAAGUUCUUCGGCUACUCCAUAAGCUGUUCCUUGGCAUUGAUAUACCACUUGAAAUUAGCCGCUAUCAUUUAGUAAUACUGUAAAGGCUAGUUGCGGUCAACAGCUUUAUAAUAAUUUAAAAAAAAUCUGUAGCAAGUAAUAGAACUUUAUAAUAUGUAUGGGUUAUGUUGCAUGUUUCAGUAUGAGCAAAACCUUGGACUUUUACUCAUCUUGAAAGAAAGAAAGAAACUAUUCAUCAACUUGACUUUUCAAAUCCUUUUUUAAACAGUCCAUUACAUAUCAUGGGGUCUCAACAUACUUAAUCCUACCCUGCUGAAUGGAGAACUUAAAAUAAUGAUAUGACCAUUGCAAAUUUUAAUCAAUAACUUAUACAUACAUCAGAAACCUGAUAGAAACCAAACUCUGAUUUUAUUAAUACCUAUUCUCUAGUUAUAGUUUAUUAAGUUCCAGCAUUAAUAUGAAUAUGGCUUUUAUUCUCCUAUCAAUUCUUCAGUUUAUUUUUUAAUGUCUUAAAAAGAAGGUAGAGUAAACACUUGCCACCUACUUUACAAAUGUUAAUGAACUAAUGUAAUAAUUCAGUUUACAUUGAUAUUAGGAAUCAUAAUGUUUUACACACAAAUACAAAUAUGGUUCUUGAAAGCUAGCUUUAAGGAGAUUGUAUAUAAAUAUUUAAUAA